AUGCAUGAAUGCCAAUACGAUCAAAAACCUAAUAUUUCUUCACCAACUGAAUCAAGUGAUAGUGGCAUACAUAUUAAUAUGGAACCAACAAUAAUAACUACUGAUGAUACGAAUCUUCCAUCAGGUUGGGAACGUUUUGAAGAUGAAGAAGGUGUUUAUUAUUGGCAUAAACGAACCGGUACAGUAACACGUGAACGUCCAGAUUUAAUUAUCGAUUCACCAUCAUCAACACUAUCAUCAUCUUCAUCAAAUGAUACAUGUUUCGGAUCGAAUUCAUUAUUAUAUAGAAGUGAAUCAAAUACUUCAAUUAAAACAUCAGAUGAAACUACUCGACAACAUCGUUUUCAAGUUCGUUCUCUUGGUUGGACAACGAUUGAUGAACAAGAUUUAACAAAUGAACGAAGUAGUCGUGCUGUAAAUCGUUGUAUUUAUGAACUGGCAUGUGGUAUUAAUGAUGGUAUUGGUCGUUGGGGUGAAGGAAAAGAUCUUUAUAUGGAUAUUAAUAAUACAGAUUUACUUUUAAUUGAUCCAACUGAAAUGACAAUUUUACAUAAACAAUCAAUACCAUCAAUUCGAGUAUGGGGUGUUGGAAGAGAAAAUUCAAGAGAUUUUGCUUAUGUUGCUAAAGAUAAAGAUCGUUCAGUACAAAUUUAUAAAUGUCAUGUUUUUCGAUGUGAUAAUACAUCAGCUCGAACAAUAGCUAAUACAUUACGUGAUAUAUGUCGAAAUUUAAUGAUUGAACGUGGAUUAUUAAGUAAAACAACUGAAAUUUUAAAUGAUGAUUUAUCUAUACAUAAACGAUCAAAAUCUUUUCCAGAAUCGAUUACAAAUGAUUUACCAACUUCAUUUCCAACACCAAUGCCAGAAACAACAAAUAAUCUGUCAUGUACUUAUUUGGGUUGUGUUUAUGUAGAAAAAUCAGGUGGAAUGGAUGUACUACGACCAGCUAUUGAAAAAGUUUCAAAAGCAGUUCCUGAAGAUAAAUGGCGUCGCAUUAUUGUUGAUAUAUCUCCAUCAUCAUUUAUAAUUUCCCUUGAUAAUGAAACAAAAGAACAAUUAUUCGAAUAUCGUAUUCGUUAUUUAUCAUUUCUUGGUGUCGGACAAGAUCCAAGUUUUUGUGGUAUAAUUAUACAUUGUGUAGAUAAUUCAUUUAAAUGUCAUGUAUUUCAUUGUUUACCAUCGUGUAUUCAAUUUUGUAAAAAUAUAGAAGCUGCUUGCAAAUUACGCUAUCAAAAAUGCCUUGAUGCUCAUCCACAAGCAGCUAAACAAAUUGAAAUAACAAAAAGUUAUGGUGCUCAGUUAAAAAGUUUUGUUGAAUCGUUUUGGUAUGGGAAUAAACAAUCGAUCUAG